AUGACCGAAGCAGAGAAGAAGAUCCUCACCGAAGAGGAGCUUGAGCGGAAGAAUGAUGACAAGGUUAAUGACGAUCUUCCUAAGAAGAACAGAAAGAAGAGUUCCCAACGGGAUGCACCUGAAGAGAAUCCUGAGGAUUUUGUGGACCCUGAAACUCCUGUUGGUGAGAGGAAAAUGCUCUCUUUACAGAUGGCUAAGCAAUACAGUCCAGCUGCCGUAGAGAGAUCAUGGUAUGCUUGGUGGGAGAAAGAUGGUUUUUUUAUAGCGGAUGCUAAGAGUUCCAGGCCAAAAUUUGUUAUUGUUCUUCCUCCUCCAAAUGUGACUGGAGUCUUGCAUAUUGGCCAUGCCUUAACAACUGCAAUUCAGGAUUUGAUUAUUCGUUGGAAGAGAAUGUCUGGGUUUAAUGUACUGUGGGUGCCAGGGAUGGACCAUGCUGGUAUAGCUACACAGAUUACGGUUGAGAAAAACCUCAAGAUUAGUAGGCAUGACCUUGGCCGUGAAAAUUUCAUAAAGGAAGUGUGGAAGUGGAAGGAACAAAAAGGUAGCACGAUUCUAACACAACUCCGACGUCUAGGAGCUUCUCUUGAUUGGUCUCGUGAGGUUGAGCAUAUCGACAUCAAAGAAAAAGAGCUACUAAAAGUGCCUGGCUAUGAGAACCAAGUAGAGUUUGGUCUUAUUACUUCAUUUGCUUACCCUCUUGAGGGAGGUUUGGGCGAGGUUGUUGUUGCCACUACAAGGGUGGAAACAAUGCUCGGAGAUACCGCCAUUGCCAUUCAUCCUGAUGAUGCAAGAUACACUCAUCUCCAUGGGAAGUUUGCUGUGCACCCAUUUAAUGGACGCAGGUUACCAAUUAUCUGCGAUGGAAAACUUGUUCUUCCAGAGUUUGGUACUGGUUGUGUUAAGAUUACUCCUGCUCAUGAUCCCAAUGAUUUUGAGCUCGGAAAGCGUCACAAUCUUGAGUUUAUUAACAUAUUCACUGAUGAUGGAAAAAUCAACACAAACGGUGGGGAUGACUUCACAGGGAUGCCACGCUUUGCAGCACGUGAGGCAAUAGUUGAAGCUUUGAAAAACAAGGGGCUGUACAGAGGUGUCCAAAACAAGGAAAUGAAGCUUGGUCUUUGCGAAAGAACAAGUGAUGUUAUUGAGCCUAUGAUUAAGCCUCAAUGGUACGUAAACUGCAGCAUGAUUGCAAAGGAAGCUCUCGAUGUUGCCACCAGUGAUGAAAACAAGAAGCUAGAAUUUAUACCAAAGCAGUACACUGCAGAGUGGAGAAGAUGGCUAGAGAACCCACGUGACUGGUGUAUUUCAAGACAGCUUUGGUGGGGUCACAGAAUACCAGCAUGGUACGCCACUCUCGAGGAAGAUAAUCUCAAGGAGAUUGGUGCCUACAAUGACCAUUGGGUUGUUGCUAGAACCGAGGAAGAAGCUCGAAAAGAAGCUGCUGAGAAAUUCUCUGGGAAGAAGUUUGAUCUAACCCAAGAUGAAGAUGUGCUUGACACGUGGUUUUCUUCUGGGAUCUUCCCAUUAUCUUCUCUCGGAUGGCCUGAUGAAGAAACUGACGACUUCAAAGCCUUUUAUCCAACAUCUGUCCUAGAAACUGGUCAUGAUAUUCUGUUUUUUUUGGGUUGCUCGUAUGGUUAUGAUGGGAUUGAAACUAAGUGGUGA